GCAGUCGCCGAGGAGAGAGAAAUUCCUCGGGGGAAAAGCUCCAUACCCACGAUAAAGUACGACAGCAAGGUGCAGCUCGGGAUAUCUCUUCCGUAUCUCGUACACCAGGCAGUGGCUUGACAGGUGAUUCUGCGAUGAACGUCAGCGGUUUUUUUUUUGCUCCGUUCUUGUAUACUGUUAUUGUCAUCGAUUUUUUUCCUGUUUUUGUUUAUUGCGUCGGCGUUUGCUGGCUGUGUAAUAGUGUCCGUGUGCGAAAGAAGCUGCUGCGCUUAUUCUGCAGAGUCAGCAGAUUUUUUUUUUUGGUUUCGCGCAUUUCUUCGUAUGAUUUAAUUUCUGACAGAAUGGUCAAGUUAUACGCACUGACGAUCCUAUACAAAGGUCCAACAUCGGCGACAGCUUUGAAAACAGCAUACGAUGUGGAUUCGUUUUCUUACUUCCAAAGAGGAAGUGUCAGAGAAUUCAUGGCGUUUGUGAGUAAAACAAUAACCGAGAGGACACAAAUAGCAGCCAGACAGAGCGUCAAGGAAGGAGAGUACAUGUGCCACGUUUAUGUUAGAGGAGAUAGUUUAGCUGGUGUUCUUAUCUCAGAUCAUGAAUAUCCAAACAGAGUGUCACACACUCUCAUUACAAGAGUACUGGAUGAGUUUGCAGCCAAGUACCCCACCCACACAUGGCCUACUUUGAGAGAAGCAACCACAGAUUUUCAGCAAGUUAACGUAUAUUUGGCCAAAUAUCAAAAUCCCAGGGAAGCUGAUGCUUUAACUAAAAUGCAAGAAGAUUUGGAUGAAACUAAGAUUAUUCUGCACAACACAUUGGAAGCUGUUCUUCAAAGAGGUGAAAAGUUGGAUGAUCUUGUCCAAAAGUCUGAAGGUCUCAGUAUUCAGUCAAAAGCAUUUUAUAAGACAGCUCGCAAGACCAAUUCUUGCUGUAGUCUCACAGCUUGAGGCAAAACCCAUAUUGUUAUCUAUGUUUUGUCAAAUAACUAUUCUAUACAGUUUCUGAACUAGUGAAUGUUUAUGGAUCCAUCUGGAGUUGAGUAUUUGCUGACCCAAAAGGGCUCUUUUGUCUUACUUUUUUAAGACUCAACUGUUGAACCUGUACAUAAUAUUACCAUGCAUAGCAAUUUCAAGCAUCUAUUUUAAAUGUCGCUCCAGUGUUUCUCUGGCGCCAGAGUUGAAGAGUUCACUGCCAGUCGUUUUUGAUAGUUAGCAACUGAGAAAUGAAGGAACACAACAGAUUAUAGGAUGACUCGAAAAUUAAUAGAAAAUCAAGUGUGAUUAGGGUAGGACUGAAUAAAGGACCGUAAGAAAGAAAAAAUGCAGUUGCAUUAUAAAAAAAGGCUCUAAAUUAUUAUCAGUGCAAAUUAGUAGGACUGUAGAAUGUUGUUCACUGCACUAGCUGACAACAUUAAAUAGCUGGCAAUUUAAAUAACUAUUGCUUUUGCAACAAAUUUGUAAUCAUUCUAGUUUUUUUUAAUGUUGAUUUGUAAUAAUAUUUAAGUGAUUGCAUUUUUAGUUUUCAUUUUUUGAUAUAAAAUUGUUUUUAUACAAGACGUGUAGUUUGUUUAAUCAGUUGAAAUUCAAUUUUUAUAACUGUAAUAUGAUGAUGAUAAAUUAGUUACAGCAGUCAGUUGUGAUAAAUUACACAAAAGAUAAUAUUUCUCAUAAAAGGAUUGUUGGCAUCCAAUGAGCAAAUGUGAAAAUAAUCUUUAUGAAAUCAACUUUAUCAUACAAAUGUUGAAUAAUAACCACGAUAUUCAAAAGAAUAAAAUCCAAUCCAACUAAAAAAGUAUGCUUUUGAAAAUUAUGAGUUUCAAAUUUCCUUGAAUUAAAAAUUAAUCACUGUAGUAUGAAAACUUAAAAUUCAUGGUUUUUUUUUUAAUCAUAAACGUUCAUAGCAUUCAAAAAUAACAAGUUACAUGUGAUAAAUUCGACUUGUUAGUUACUUAAUUAAAUACAUUUUUUCUGCAACUGUUCCAAGAAAUUAAAUAUAACUUGAAAAAUUGUGUGUAAGCGGCUUUUAAACUGCAUGAAUGUGUACAAGAUAUGUUGAAUUCCAGUGCUAUGGCAUACUUGGAUAUUUCAAGAUUCCUGAAAAUCAGUAUGUUCUGCACACAAUGGAUGUUUGUAUAAUGCAUAACUAAACUAUAUAUUAUAUAUAAAAAGAUAGUUAAAAACAUUUUUGUUUCGACGUGUCUAUAUUCUCAUGUUUAUAUGAAUGUGUGAUUUUGCAUAUAUACAUGUUCAAAUUUAUGUAAAAUAAUGAUUAUUGUUCAAUUUAAUUGUGAAUGAUUUCCACAUAUAGUAUGUGGAGAAAGACAAAUUAUUUGAAAUAUACCAUAUAUUUUCGAGCGUUGCAAAA